AUAAAUUCGUUGAUCAUAAGCACGAUCGAAACGAGUUUGCGUGCAUUACAAGAAGAAAAGAGUAUAUACUUUAAGAAAAAACCAGAGCAAACGUUCCGUAAAUUCGCAUGCGCCAAUGAAAACGUCGCAUCAUUUACACGCGUCCGAUUUCGUCGCCGGUUUCGGUUCAGUUGCCGCCGGUCCUGGUGUACAGCUGCAGCAAGGACAUUUUUAUAGUAACCAGAAUCAGGGACCGAACGCAAGCUCCUCAUAUGCAUCUGCUGUGGAUGUAAAUCCAAGAACAAUCGAACACGUUAGUAUUGGGAUCAGUUGUGAUCUGAAACCCAUCAUAUACCAGGACUUAGAGACGGAUCAGUCGCGACAACGCAGUAUCAUUACAAAGAAAAACGUGCCGGAGCUACAGCCACAGUAUAGACCAUCAACAAAGACUGGAUCAGAAGCAACUGCGGUCAAAAGUAAGCGCAAGCGAGAAACAGAUUGCGAUUGUGGCUGUGUGGAUUCAUACAACGGCGGCACCGUUGAGGUCAGGCACGUGCAGGAGCAGGAAUUAGCAGCUGGGAUAGCUCAGAACGGCGUUAGUAGCAGCCUCAAGACGGCGCACACAAAGGUUGCCACUUCGGGGGGGCACGCCAACACGCAGCCCCCCAGUAAGCGAUCAAGCAGCGGCGCAGACGGCGAUUAUCAGCUGGUGCAGCAUGAGGUGCUCUACUCUCUGUCCGCAGAGUACGAGGUUCUGGAGUUUCUGGGUCGCGGCACCUUCGGCCAGGUUGUGAAGUGUUGGAAGCGCGGCACCUCGGAGAUUGUCGCCAUCAAAAUACUAAAAAAUCAUCCCUCGUAUGCGCGCCAAGGACAAAUCGAAGUCUCCAUACUUUCACGUCUCAGCCAGGAGAAUGCCGAUGAGUUUAACUUUGUACGCGCGUUCGAGUGCUUCCAGCACAAGAAUCAUACCUGCCUUGUUUUUGAGAUGCUCGAGCAGAACCUAUACGACUUUCUGAAGCAGAACAAGUUUUCUCCGCUGCCUCUCAAGUACAUACGUCCCAUUCUGGAGCAGGUGUUGACUGCCCUGUUAAAGCUGAAGCAACUGGGUUUGAUUCACGCCGAUCUGAAGCCGGAGAACAUCAUGCUAGUGGAUCCAGUGCGCCAACCGUACCGAGUCAAGGUAAUCGAUUUUGGCAGCGCCUCGCAUGUUAGCAAAACAGUCUGCAACACGUACCUGCAGUCACGUUAUUACCGCGCCCCGGAGAUCAUAUUGGGACUGCCCUUUUGCGAGGCUAUCGACAUGUGGUCGCUGGGCUGCGUAGUGGCCGAGCUCUUUUUGGGUUGGCCGCUUUAUCCGGGGAGUUCAGAGUUCGAUCAGAUACGAUAUAUAUCGCAGACUCAGGGCUUACCGACCGAGCAUAUGCUGAAUAGCGCUUCGAAGACGUCCAAGUUCUUUUACCGCGAUGUUGACUCCACUUACCCGUUCUGGCGGUUGAAGACCACCGAGGAGCACGAGGCAGAGACAAACACCAAGAGCAAGGAAGCGCGUAAGUACAUCUUCAACUGCCUUGAUGACAUUGGGCAGGUGAAUGUGCCGACGGAUCUGGAAGGCGGACAGCUUCUGGCCGAGAAAACAGACAGGAGGGAGUUCAUCGAUCUGCUUAAGCGUAUGCUGACCAUAGAUCAGGAGCGUCGACUUACCCCCAACGAAGCGCUAAACCACAGCUUCACGAGACUCACCCAUUUGGUCGACUAUGUCUACUGCAACAAUGUUAAGGCCUCCGUGCAGAUGAUGGAAGUGUGCCGCCGCGGCGACUUCCAUACAGUGCAACCUACGCCCACGCUGGUGACUAACUUUGUGCCCAGUAGCACCGAGAACAUGACCUUCACUAUCAACAACCAGCUGACCAGUCAGGUACAGCGUCUGGUACGCGACGGACGCCCGCUGGCGUAUGAGGGUCUUUACCAGAUCUACGGUGGACGCAAUGUGGCACGCCAAUAUCCACAGGCUCGCACGGAUACAUUCCAGCACCAGCUGGUUUCCAACAUACUUUGCCCGCCCACCUACCAGGCCAUGCCAAGUCCCACCAAACAUGUGGUAGUGCAACCACCGCUGCAGGUGCCGCCGCAACAGUAUGUCAAUGUCCCCGUGCCCGUGUCAAUGGUGGAGCCCAGCUCUGGCCAACGCAUGUUGCUCACCAAUCGCGUGCAGGCCAGUGGAGUGGCUUGGCCACAGACUGGACGACAGAUGGCGUUGGUGCCAUCUUGGCCACAGCAGGCACCUGCGCAUUCAUUAAUCGUUGACUCUACGCCGCUCUUCAACGUGGAGGAGAUUUAUUCCAAGCACCAUCUUAACUUGCCACGAAACGAUCUCAAGAAGGAGUCACCGGCUCAUCAUCUAGCCAGCAAGGGUAAUUCUUAUCGCGUGCCGCGUCAUGAGAAAAAGGAGCACCAGCAACUGUCGCCCGUGAAAAAGCGAGUCAAAGAGAGCUCGCCGCCGCACCAGCAGCGCUACCAGCGUGCUGCUCACGUUUCGCCACAGUAUCACGCCCACCACAACUGUAAUUAUGGCGGCGGCUAUGGAACUACUGCACCCAGUGCUGUUCUGCCCUCCUCAGCGACAUCUGCUAACAUCACAGGCAUUGUGAACGCCAGCAGCAGCAGCUCGUCCUCGGGUUCGCAUCAUCAUCAUGCCCCCGUAGCGCACGCGCAACAUGGCAGCAGCAGCAGCGCCUACAAUACUACUGGCCACCAUGUGGUGGUCAACAACUGCGGUGGAGGUGGUGCAGCUUCUGUCGGAUAUCAACCCCCGAUGCACGCUCAGCAGCCUCACGUGAAACAGCCCACAAUUACCAUCCACGAUACGCCGUCGCCGACAGUGGUGCCAAGCGAUGUCAUCACAAUCUCGGACAGCGAGGAUGAGGGCGGCGAGACAGUUUCGAGCGGUACAGCACCCGUUAAGCAGCGUGUUCACGCCCAGUCCCAAACUAGUAGCAGUCUCAUGCAUCAUCAUCAGCAGCAGCAAUCCCAUCCCGUUAGCAACUCAUCGAGCUCCGCCUCCCUGCAUUGUCGGAGCAGCACCCAGCCCGUGCAUCAGUCACAUCCCCAACAGCAGCAGCAGCAGCAGCAACAACAGCAGCAGCAACAACAGCAGCAGCAUCAACAGCAGGCUGUUAAUUAUGGUGAUCACGAUCUGGAAGACGCUCGCCGUCGCCAUCAUGCAGCCGCCGCAGUUGCCGUUUCCACAGGCAGCAGUCCGAAGCACCACUACCAUCAGCAGACGCCACAUUAUCAGCAACAGCCGCCACCGCCACCACAACUCCAAUCCCAGCCCAGCAUUAAGUACGAGCCGGGUCAGUCCCAGAAGAAACGAAUCUUGGCCAUGGCUCAAAGCGAGUGCACUUAUCAGUCACAGCCUCAAGGUCAGCCCCAGCCACAACCGCAGCCUCAACAGCCGGGCCCAACAUCUGCAAGCUUGCCCCAAAUACCUACCAAGCAGGAGCCCGUUGAGUUUUAUCCGGAAUAUGCCCCGCAGCCACAAGCACCGCCGCAGGUAGAGUCCAAGCGAAGCUCCUGGGCAUCUGGCACUACCUCAGCGGUCUUGCCGCUGCCCAAUCCUAAGCGCGAAGCGCCUUCGGUUGCCCCAGUUAGCUAUGCGGCCUCCAGUGUGGCACCGCCCUUGGCCCACUCCAAGAGCAGCUCCCAAACUGCCGCCCUGUGGCCAGCGAGCGUUGCUCCGAUUAUGCAACCAUCCGCCGUUCAACCGCAUCAUCAUCACACCAACCACAGUCAUCGGCUAGGUGGCACACCGCUGGGCGGUUCGCCCUCCUCAACGGCCGCCGCUGCCAUGCUACAGCCGGAUAUUUACGCACAAGGCGACUUGUAUCGGCGCCCCACGGUGUAUGUGUCCCAAGCCGCCCCAACUUAUGCCUACACCAAUCGGGCAGUUGUUGCACCGCCGCCAGCUCACAACAGCUCCAGUCGCCAGGUGAUACCGUCGCAUCCGCUGCCAGCGCAUAUCCAGAUCCCGACGCAGUACAGCCAGUUUGGACCACUCAGUCCCGCCCAGGUAGCCGCCACCAAACACUUUGCGCCCCCGAAUAUAUGGUAUGGAGCUGAAUAAAUCGCAGGGUUAACGAGGGUAGACGUUGACGAGGAUACCAGACACCAGGGAGGCCACUACUGAAAAUACUGCAAAAAGAACCACAACCACACAGCUCUCCCAUUAAGAACACCAUAGUCCACACAGCCUAUAGUGGCGCCUAGAAAUGGUUUGGUGGUUAAUUGAUUGACAUACGCAUGAAUCUCUGGUGUCCUCAGUUGAUGGUGGUAGCGGCGGUGGUGACGGCGACGGCGACAACGGCAAUGACAAUGACAUCACACACACCAGCAACAUGGCCGAUCAGCACUUGCGACAGAAGCAACAACAACAGUUGCAGCUGACGCAGUGUUGGUGGUUCAUGCUGCUCAUGCAGCAAAGCAUCAUACAUAACAACAUCAAUUUGGAGCAAUCGGUUACUACAGCAGCUGGCGAACGCACGACAACAACAACGGAAACAGAAAUAUCAACACAUCAAACCGCAAAUUUACGUCUUGCCAAGAUCACAAACAGCAGCCAGUUGAGAAAAUGUCGUCGCAAGCGUUGAGGACUUGUCGUUUAAUAAAUUUGUUUAAUUUCAUUAAAUAAAUGUUAAGCACUUUUACACGAAUCUUGGGGUGUAAGAUGCAUAUAUUUUUUUGUAUACACACACACACUUACAUAUAAUUACCUAUAUAUAGAUAUAUACAUAAAUAUGUAAUUCCUACAUACAACAUUGUUAGAAAUUUAUAUACUCACACUCAAUACACCUACAGCUCCUAUACAAACAAAUAUUACACUUGCGUAGCACUUUCUAUACUCCUAUAUGUAUUCCAUAAAUUUUGCAAGGAAAAGCGUUUCAUUAUGUGUGUUGUACACUUUAUUUAACUUAAGUAUCCAAUUGUAUAGAUACUAUAUACUUACGAUUAACAGGUAUUUGGCAUUAUCUUUACCUAAGGUACUACGGCUUCAUCCAUUUGUAAAGCUCAGGCUAAUCAAAAUAAAUAAGUAUAUUGAAAACGCCAUGAAAGCAAGACGAAUAGAAAACACAAGUGAAUUCAGCAAAUGAAUUCAAUAAAUACUGAUUAAAUUAUAACGAAGAAUCAUACAAGUUUUUGAAGCUCUUUAGCUAGUACCUCAUUAAAAUGAUUGUAACAAAGUUCAUGCAAGACGAAAAACUGAAAUAACAAAUAGAAAUAAGUCAAAUAAAAGGCAACACCAAUCAGACAGCCACAACAAAUGAUAACACUUAAUACAUAUUAUGCAAUUGCCUUUUUAUGAAACUACAUAGUUUAAAAAUAGUAUAUGCCAGAGAAUAUAACUUAGUAAUUAUUGAACAAUAUGAUACCGCAGCAACCUUAUUAGCAGUCCACGCAUAGAAACAGAUUUAUUAAAAUAGAAUGUAUACAAGUAUCCAGUUGAACUUCGCUAUAUAAUAUACGUGUAGCAAAGAAUGAUACAAAUUACAUAUGUAAACAAACAUACACUUAGACACAUUUUUAGAAAAGUUUGUAAUGCUAAAGAUAAGUUUAUCCGUGUUGCAAAUAUAUGGAAUUGUAUGUCUACAGAUUUGUAUAUUAGAUGCAUUGCAUUAAGCAAUUAUGUACCAACAAUAAUGAAAAGUGUGAAACAAAAAUUAGAUCAGGUACAAGAACGGUGUUAUAAGACACAAAUCAGACACAUUAAUUCUUAGAUAGAGUAAGUGCUUUUUAGUCUGUAGAAUGUUAAUUGUUAUUUUGCUUUUAAAUUUUUACUCCAAUUUGCAAACGAAUGACUCUGCGUUUAAGUCUUUCGUUCACUGACAGUUUCAAUAACAUUUUCUAUAAAUGACUAACACUAUUGGGGGUGUGGUGUGUAAUCAAGCAACUUAUUAGAAUGUUUACUAAAGUACAAAAAGGCAAAGCAAUCUAGAACAUAAUUAAAGAGUUUUAGAUUUAUAAAUGUUUUCCUAUUUCUAAACUAGUUGUAUUUAUUUGACCAACAUUCGUGUAGUUCUACAACUCUUAAAUAUUUUUUGUCAAUUAAUUUUCCCUAAACGCAGAGGUUUUGCAGGGUAUUUAUGUUUUAGUUUUGCAAUUUAAAAACAUUUAUUUGUUUGCCUAAUCAAAGUCAUCUAAAUGUUAAUUAUGAAUCAAUGCCGCGCAGUUUUGAAUCUUCGAGUUUUAAAUGUACCCACAUGUAGUACGAUAUGCUAAAUACACACAUGCAUCAAAAUAUAUGAUAAUAUACUACUACUACUACUACUACUAUUACCUAUAAAAUACAUACAUUUAUAUAUGACGUAACGAUAUUCUUAAUUAGGUUUCUUAACAUAUUUUGUAGUUGGUGUAACUAUUGUCGCAAGCAAUUUUUAUGUGUGUGUUUUUCCUUUUUUCUCUCUUUGUAAACUGCAAUGUGGACACUUCCUAUUAUGAUACAAUAUACAAAUCCCAAUCUUUCGAAUAUAUAAAUGUUUCUAAUAACAAUACACAAAUAUCUAACCUGUUUAAUGUUUAAGUGUACCAGUUUUUAUGGUUAUGAAGAUAACGUGAUUACUAUAGAAAUUAUUAUUAUUAUUAUUACACAUAAAUAUUUGAUAAUUAAUCAGCUUCGCACGAUAUAUGUGAAUGUAACAAACAACAAAGUAUAUAUUUAUACAAAUAUAUAAUAUGUAUUGCAAAUAUGCGGAAAGCUAUAAAUGAAAGUGUAGAAUAUAAUUAUUGUGAUGUAGUUUUAAAAAAGAUACGAUACAAAAUACAUGUAUAAAGUGUCAAAAAUAUUUUGUCCUUGUCGUAAAUAGCCAGUAAAUAAAAUUAACGAAACAAAACAAGUAAAUUUCAAAUUAUUAUAAAUAUUGUUAUUGAUGCGGAAUAUAUAUACUAAAAACUAUGAAUAGUGUACAUUAGCUUUUAAGAAUGCAAGCAAAACAAAUGACUAUACAAAAGGGCAACAAUUAACUUUUUUACAAAUGUCAU